CCCGUACAGAGCACAGGCGAUCACCCUCCACACGCAGAGACUUCGGAGCUGAAUUGUGCUGAAUAGAGAACCCCUCCGGCUGAGAGCGCCAUGUGUGCCCAGGAAGAGCAGCCACUUGUGCUCCGCUGAAAAGCAAUGCAAACACACCGGUGAGGAGAACUGCUUCCAGGUCUGGGUGGACAUGAACCUGAGUGGAGCCUGAACGCCGUUAAAGCCACACUGACUAACAAAACUUUUAAAAUAUGACUACAGUCAGGAUUUUAACUCCACAAUGCUGCUAUGCCGGGAUGUGACAGGCUUCCUACCCAGGUCUGGAAGGUGGUUGAUGAUGUUAGCAGUAACUAUACACCCGGGUGAAGAGCAGCAUAAGCAAUGGAGGGACCAACCCCAGAGCCUGUGUACGUUGAUGUGGACAAGGGACUGACGUUAGCCUGUUUUGUCUUCCUCUGCCUCUUCUUGAUUGUGAUGAUUAUUCGCUGUGCAAAAGUCAUCAUGGACCCUUACAGUGCCAUCCCCACGUCUACGUGGGAGGAGCAGCAUCUAGAUGACUGAAAGGACUUCACUAGACAGAGCCAUAAAAUGCUGCGAUCCAGGAGGCCUUCUCCUACCGGGAAGGCCAACACGCAAACAGCCAUUUCCAGAUGCGCAGGGCAACGGCAAUAUCUCUAAGAGCACAUAGAGUGAAUGAUUCUUGCUCAACCGAUCAGGAUAUCAGCACGCCAUUCUGGCAGCACAGUUUAAUACUAUGCAGCAACCCUUAUUUUAGUGAAAACAGUUAUCAUUGCAACUCAAGUAGCACAAGACUCUCCAGACUCUUCCUAAUAUAACUCAGACUAGCUCAGUUUGUCCUCCCCUCUGUAUCUCCCACAAAUCCAGGGUAACCAUCACAAUUUGGAAAAGCAGGAAGAAUAUUUUGUCUUUCCUGGAAAUAGAUUGCUUCAAAUAUCUUCCUCAGUCAUUAUAUUUAUGUUUCCAAAAGGGCCCAGAUAUUAUAAUUUUGUAUCCCGUAGCGUCACUAAGUAGAAACACUAAAGCACCCCUGGUUAAGUAGGGUCAUACGAGCAGAUUUAUUGUCGACAAACUUGGUUGUGCACAUACACUCCCUACCACAGUGCAGCCGUAUUUCCAGUGAUAAGGACACAGGAGCACUCAGACUACAGAUCCCAAGGGGCUCAUGGACUGCUGUGGACCUCAUAGCACCACCUCACUCUGCCCUACUCAUGCAAACACUAGGCAUUUUAUCAUCUGCCACGAGUCCAUGGAUUAGCUAUGUAUGUUGACCACUUAUGAUGAGCUUGGUAGCCACCAGAAGUCCAUGGACCAGAACUUGGACACUGCUGGUUUCAACUACAUAGAAUUUGUGAUUUUUCAAAGAGUGAUUCCACAUGCAACUUCAACUUUUGUUUCAGGUGUACUUCAGUGAGAUGACACACAAAUAGAAUGACAAAGACAAUAAGCAAGGAGACGUUGCUCCUAGCUUUGUCACUCAGACUCCUCAGCAUAACAGUUACAGUAACACACAAUAAUAUGCAUUCUACCUCGGAGAAAUUCAGCACCUUUAAAAGAAGAAUUUUUCCACAACUUUCUAAGGUGAAUAGCUGUACAUUUCCUUCUCUCAAUUCAUUAAGACAGCCAUUAUGCAAGAAGGCAUAAAGGAACAGGGAAGCUUUAGAAAUUUAUUAUUUACCUUUUGAAGAGUGGGGAUUGAGGGAUUCUAAUGUCCUCUACCCCCCAAAUUCUAAGCUUUGCUCACAGCUGCCUUUUUUUAGUGACGUGUUUGGCUUAAGGGAUUGUAAGGAGUUGCUGAAGCAAUAGAGAGCAGGUACUGGAACCACAACAAGCAUCACGAGCAGACAAGACUUGAAAGCACAAAUGUGCAAGAAGGGCAUUUCACUGUUUCUCCUCUUCCUUACCAUCCUACCUGACCUCUGGGUUCUUGCUGUGAGGGGAUGCACAGUGGGUGAGAAAGGUGGAGCCAAAGGUUGGGACAAGGAAUCAGGAUGCAGACCUUGCAGGUUACUAUUCUCAGUGCUGUCAGAUUUGUUUGACGAUCACACAAGUCACUUCUUUAUGGGCCUCAGUCUACUCAUCAGGGAGAUGGGUACAACAAUAUUAACUUGUCUCACAUUGUUUUGUCUGUCUCAUAAUACCAGAAAGCACUUGGAGAACUUUGGAUAGGGAUACAGAAAUAAGGUAUUGAUUUACAAUUCUUCCUUAUGAAGCCAAUGGGGAAGAUCUGAAUCUCAGUGUUCAGCGAGGGAAGUUCUCCCCAGGCAGAGGACUUGUCCAGACCUCCAUGUACUCUCCAUUUAAGACUGUAGUGUUUUGAGUCAUGCCAAACAGCACCUGGCUUUGUUACAUAGUCCACUGAUUUGUGAGGACAGUCUGGAUGUAAGGUGCUCAGCACUGUGAUUACAGAGUUCCCAAAAUAGCAGGCUAUGACGCACAUGGAGGUUUUUGCAUGGAUCUUUUGCACUGCACAUUUUUUUGCUAAUCUCUGUUGUAGGAGAUUCCAUUCAGGAGCCAGGAGAUUUGAGGACUGGCUUUAAUCGUGCUAUUCUCUACCAAGAGACCUCCACUGCUUCAAUUACCCACUGCAGAUGGCUCACCAGGCUGUUAUUUAGCCUCAGUUUCUGCUAGCCAGCUAAUCACCAGUAACAGGACUUUUUCAAGCGUGAAUGUUAAUGCUCACCAUACUUUGAGCAAACACGUUGGUCUCAUUCACACUGUGUCUAUCUGUACUAUAGGAAUGGAUGCCCUAGCUCAAAGCAGAUUGCUUCUGUUCCCUGGGGUAGCAUUUAGAACCCAUCUUUUGUCAGCAAGUCUCGUACCCCACCUUGAUAUUACUGAGGUUACUUACAGAAUAAACAAAACCCCAAAUGAAUUCUAUUGCCAGGCUAGAGACACCUUCAGUUUGCCGGUCACCUGGCUGGGUUCGCAGCUGAUGCAGAGCAAGACCAGAGCUUGUCAUCACUUCUCCCAGUGCCAAUACUCCACUCAAUAUUUAUCUGCAUGCAGAACUCUCUGGCUUUGUCACGCAUCACUGAUAAGCCCCUGCUCAGCUAAGGACUUACGCACGUGCUUAAGUUUAAGCCUCUGAGCAGGCUGCCUGACUACACAGAGAACAGGGUUACUCGUGUGCUGUGUCCUUGGCAGGGCAGGGACAGCAACACUUAGUCCUUGCAGGAGCAAAGCCUGUGUGAGAACAAAGGGUUACAAAUGCGGGGGAAGCAAAUUAACGACUUUGCUUGGCAAGAAUGUUUGCCACUUCUUUUUUUCCUCUGUUUGUCCAGCUGUACAAACCAUUUUAUGGAUUUUCUGAAGAUCCUAAAGGAAAAGAUCCCUAUGGGUAGUUCUAUUUUGUAACAAAAAGGUACUUAAGUUCCUGGCAUAGCCUGUCAAGUUCAUCCUUCUGUUGACAAAAAAGGUCUCCAUAAGCAUCUACAAAUUCACAUCCCACCUUUCACGACUGUAAAAGUCAAUGUGAUUGUUUUUAUAUAGAUAAUGUAAAUGCAUUCUAAUUUCUGCCUUCCCCCACUGGUUACAAUCAUACCACCUCACCACCCUAACCAAAAGCAAUACUAAACAUCAUGCCAAAAGCAGAAGUUCUCUGCUCCUUGCAUUCGGAGUCGGGACAUGCCCACCCGAGGUGCGUCACUGCAGCUCCCUCCCGAUGCCGACCCUGUGAGCCCUGUCAGCAGCGCUGCGCUCACGGCCAGCGGAAGGUCUGGUUUAGCUGGGGCUGCAUUGCUGGGCUUGGUAGUAAUUUCAGCUGCAUGCAACAAGUGCCUCUGCUAGUUUUCGUUUUUUAAUCAUUAUGCCAUACUACCAGCAAUUGCACUCAGAGGAAAUAAUUCAAACUUGUUGCAAAUGUAUUUAUCUAACACAAUAAACA